GUGUGUACCCUACAUCACUCUCUCCAGGUGUGUACCCUACAUCACUCUCUCUCCAGAUGUGUACCCUACAUCACUCUCUCCAGGUGUGGACCCUGCAUCACUCUCUCCAGGUGUGUACCCUGCAUCACUUUCUCCAGGUGUGUACCCUACAUCACUCUCUCCAGGUGUGUACCCUACAUCACUCUCUCCAGGUGUGUACCCUACAUCACUUUCUCCAGGUGUGUACCCUGCAUCACUCUAUCCAGGUGUUUACCCUGCAUCACUCUCUCCAGGUGUGUACCCUACAUCACUCUCUCCAGGUGUGUACCCUACAUCACUCUCUCCAGGUGUGUACCCUACAUCACUCUCUCCAGGUGUGUACCCUACAUCACUCUCUCCAGGUGUUUACCCUGCAUCACUCUCUCCAGGUGUGUACCCUACAUCACUCUCUCCAGGUGUGUACCAUACAUCACUCUCUCCAGGUGUGUACCCUACAUCACUCUCUCCAGGUGUGUACCCUACAUCACUCUCUCCAGGUGUUUACCCUGCAUCACUCUCUCCAGGUGUGUACCCUGCAUCACUUUCUCCAGGUGUGUACCCUACAUCACUUUCUCCAGGUGUGUACCCUACAUCACUCUCUCCAG